UUAAUGCUUUUGCAUACUGAUUUGUAAAUUCUUUGCAAACAAUUUUAUUAACAUGCAUUUUAGUUCCAGCAGCAUGGAAAUGAUGAGGCUUAACUAUCAUUAUUGCUCUUCAGCUGGAUAAAAGCUGAAGCUAAUCCUCUUAGAUUUCAGACUAAUAAACUACAAGAACCAAAAUGAAAGUCUCCCUGACUCUCCUGUGUUUGUUUGAGGGUUUCCUGCAGGCUACAGCUCAGAGCGCCGGUCAAACCUCCGAGUUUCAUCUGGGAGGAGAUUACUUGAUAGGUGGACUUUUUAACAUUCAUUAUGUCGCUACAGCUCAUUUUCAAAGACCGCAAGCCAUCGACUGCUCCAGUAAACUUUUCAUACUCCCAAAUUAUCGGAGGUUUCAGCUGAUGAGGUUCUCUGUGGAGGAAAUCAACAACUCCACCGUCCUCUUGCCAAACAUAUCUCUUGGCUAUCAGAUGUUUGACCACUGCUCGGAUAUACACAGCUUUCCAGGCCUUUUCAAACUCCUCUCUGUCAAGGAUUCGAUCCGACCCUUGGAAGAAGGUUCAAUGAGGCUGCCUAACGUGAUCGGAGUGGUCGGUCCUUUCACAAGCACUCAUGCCCUCACUGUUGCCCCAAUUUUCAUGUCAAAUCUCUUUCCCAUGGUUAGUUAUGGAUGCUCUGGCUCUGUGUUUUCCCGAAAAAAUCUUUAUCCCUCUUUCCUGCGAACAGUGCAUCCUAAUAAAGAUGUCAUAAAUGCUAUUGUUGGGAUCAUCCAGAACUUUAGCUGGCGCUGGGUUGCCUUCUUAAACAGUGAUGAUGACUUUGGCAAAGACGGGCUGGAGCAGUUCAAAGCCAGGAUUGAAGAAAGUGAUAUCUGCCUGGCCUAUUACAAAUCAAUCAACCAUGAUACAGAUUACUCACAAGUGUUCAAGCAGCUAGAGGAGCAGAAUAUAAAGGUCAUUGUUGUAUUUGCUCCAAAAGUGUAUGCUGAGGCUGUUAUAGAGUCUGCAGUUCAGCUGAACGUCACCAAUAAGGUGUGGAUCGCAGACGAUGGCUGGUCCUUGAACAAAAAGCUGCCGAACAUGGAAGGAAUCCAAAAUAUUGGAACGGUACUCGGGGUAGCUCAGCCAGUUGUGACAAUACCUGGUUUUACUGAUUUUAUCUAUUCUGCAACAAGUCAGAGAGUGCAUGGUGGCGACACAGAACAAGAAAUGUUUUGUAAUCAGAAGUGCAGCUGCAGCAACGUGAGUGUAAAAAGUCUUCUUAGAGCUGAUCCAUCUUUCUCCUUCCCCGUUUAUGCUGCUGUUUACGCCAUUGCACAUGCUCUACACAACACUUUGAGGUGCGGAUCUGGCACGUGUCAUAGAAAUAUUACAGUUUACCCACAAAUGAUCCUGGAAGAGUUAAAAAAAUCCAACUUCACUCUGUUAAACCAAGCUGUUCAGUUUGAUGAGAAUGGGGACCCCAAAUUUGGAUCCUUAUCCAUAGUUUUCUGGAACCACAGUGGGGAGGCAGAGGAAGUCGGCUUUUAUCAUUUUCAACAAUCAACCCAUCUCUCCAUCAAUAAGACCAAAAUUAAGUGGUUCACAAAUGGAGAAGUGCCGACUGCAUUGUGUUCUUCAGAGUGUCCAGCAGGAUAUGCAAAAAAGCCAAAUGGAAUCCACAAAUGCUGCUUCAGCUGUGAGAUCUGUAAAACUAAAACCUACAUAAACAUAACAGAAAACCCCUUCAGAUGCAUCAGCUGUAAAGACACUGAGUGGUCUGCAGAAGGAAGUACGUCAUGCACUCCAAGGCUCCUGGAGUAUGUGCUGUUCACAGACUCUGGUGCUAUGCUAACCAUGGUCUUGGAGGGGCUCCUGUUGGGCCUCAUUGUAAGUGUGUCUGCUGUCUUUGCCAUUAACUACAACACUCCUGUGGUCAGAUCUGCAGGAGGACCGAUUUGCUUCCUAAAUCUCGGCUGCCUCAGCCUGUGUAGCAUCAGUGUUUUCUUUUAUUUUGGUGUUCCCACACCGGCUUUUUGUGUAUUAAGAUACCUUCCGUUUAUUUUGUUUUACACUGUUUGUUUGUCAUGUUUUGUGGUGCGCUCUUUCCAGAUUGUCUGCAUUUUCAAAAUAUCUGCUCAAAUCCCCAACAUCCACAUUUGGUGGGUAAAAUACCACGGACAGUGGCUGCUCAUCAGCGCAGCCUUUGUGUUCCAGGCGGUCUCAAUCACCAUUAGCUUUAGUUGUGAUCCUCCGAGUCCUUACAACGAAACAUCCUGGUAUCCAGAGCAAAUAAUUCUGAGCUGCAACUUGAACAUUCAAGCGUCUAUUUGUUCUCUGUUAUUACUUCUGUCGCUGUGCUGUCUUUGCUUCAUUUUUUCAUAUAUGGCCAAAGAUCUCCCCAAAAAUUACAAUGAGGCCAAAGCGAUAACUUUCUGUCUUCUCCUACUCACCUGCACCUGGGUCAUCUUUAUAACUGAAUACAUGCUUUAUCGUGGGAAAUACAUCCAGAUUUUUAAUGCUCUGGCCGUUCUAUCAAGUCUGUACUCUUUUCUGUUGUGGUAUUUCCUCCCAAAAUGUUACAUCAUCAUUUUUCAACCCAGCAGAAACACACAGCAGUACUUUCAAGGUCUUAUUCAAAAUUACACCAAAACAAUCAGUCAAUAGCACUUUCAGCAGCUUAAUUAAAGUUGUUUAUUUAUUUUUUGGAGUUGGGUCAUUCCAGAAUUGGAGAACA